UUUUGUAUUGUUUUUCUCUUUACUCGACAGAUUUUCCCCUUCUCUACCACCAAAAUCCCAUGGAUUUGGGUGUAAACAGGAAUGCUCAACGCUUCCAAAGUACCCAUUUCCCCCCUUCCCUUUAUCAUCAUCCAACUACGUUAUCCACUCUUCCCAAUUUCUCAUUCUAAUUUCUUCCUUCUUCUGCUUCUUUCUAUCAUCCCUUCGCUUUCUCGAACUGUUCAUCCGCUUUUAUAGAUCGAACUGAAGCGCCCAUUAUGUCGAAAUCCGAUUCCCUUCUGGUUUUUGAAGCCGUUUUUCAGCGUUCUGUUUCUUCAGUUCUUCCUCUUUGAGCUCUCUCAGAUUGAAGUUGGAGCUUCACUUAGAAAAGGAAAACGUUCAAAAAAUUGUUAGUAUAGAAGGAAACUGAGAGUGUGUUGGAGUAGAGGAAGUUGGUUGAUGUAUUUGAGACUCAGGGGCAUUGGUCAUAUGGGUGAAGGAUCAAUGGAUGACAAUGAAGGAACUAGAGUUACUUUGAUCGAGUCGUUGUCAUCGUCUUUGAGAUUAACAAAGAGGUCACGUACCCCUUAUAACGGACCCCAAGUUCCUUCGUGUAUGGUUGAUGGCUGCAGUUCAGACCUUAGCAAGUGCAGGGACUAUCAUCGUCGCCAUAAAGUGUGCGAGUUCCAUUCUAAAACACCAAAAGUAACCAUUUGCGGUCGGGAACAACGAUUCUGCCAGCAAUGUAGCAGAUUCCAUUCUUUGGUGGAGUUCGAUGAUCGAAAACGAAGCUGUAGGAAACGUCUUGAUGGGCACAACCGACGUCGAAGAAAGCCUCAACCUGCAACGAUGACGCUUAAUGCAGGACGAUUUCUCUAUAGCAACCAAGGUCCAAGAUUCUUACCAUUUGGUAACCAGUUACUGUCUGCUUGCAAUGAUUUGAGCUCAUCUUGGAUCGGAACGAUCAAGCCUGAGCAUAACGACGCUCUUUGCAGCAGCAACUCACAGCUCGAUGUUGCUGACAGAAGAAAAAGUAUGUUUCCCGGGUUGUCGGGCUGUGAUUACAAAGAAAAACAGCCGCCAUUUCUCAAUGUUGGAUCCAGCAACGUUGGGAAUGUUCAGAAAGUGGUGGGAAAUGGCUGUGCUCUCUCUCUUCUGUCAACACCAGUUGAGGCUGGGGAGAUUAAUAAUCUAACCUCCAUGGUCCAAUCCAACCUCAUCCCCUCAUCCCAUUUCAGCCAUACCGAUGGUCUUGGCUUCGAGAGUGACCUCGUUAGUCCUCGUUUGGUCUCGGACGGUAGCAGUGAUGCCAACAUCCGGUGCUACUCAAUGUUCGAGGACGGACCUGAUGGAUCAUCCAUAGAUUUAUUCUGGUUUUGAAACAUGGAAGAAGAGGGCUCAUUCUUCUUGGUUCUGAAAUAGAUCUAAUCUAAUAUGGCUUAUUAUCCUCAGAAUUCAACCUUCCACUCUCUGGUUGCUUCUUUUUUUUGUUCGGGUAGUUUAAGGAAUGCUUUUGUGUUGUCUGUGAAAUGU